AUGAGCAUCAAAGACAGCAGCGGUCUUCAGGUGGUCGACAGUAGCCUCACCAGUGUUCGAGGAGACCACAAUAAUACUACUACGCAUAUUGGAGACAACUAUUAUCAAAAUACCGCCAGAACUGAGCCGGGCCUUGCAAGAUUAUUGAACCAGGUCGCAUUCAGCGCUCUCCAUGAUUCGGAGGCUCGUUAUCCUCAGCCCAAUGUUCUAGCUGGUACUCGGGAAGAGAUCCUCCAGAGACUCAGUCAUUGGAUUGAGGAUCCUUUCAAACAGAACAGAGUAUACUGGAUCAAUGGAGCUGCUGGAGUAGGGAAGUCGGCGAUUGCACAAGCACUGUCCGAAAAGUACAUCCAAGCUGGCCAACUAGCGGCCGCAUUCUUUUUUUCGAGGAACGAUGUCACUAGGGAUAAACUUGAACCGUUUGUUGCUACCAUUGCCCACCAGCUUGCAACCUGUGAUGGCCUUAAAUCCCUAAUAGCACCCCUUAUCGACCACACCAUCCACUCGACACCCGGGCUGCUGUAUAAAAAAUGGGAAACCCAGUUUAGAAGAUUGAUAGAAGAGCCGUGUGCUCAGGUGGACCCAAGGCACUGGUCUCAACUUCCACGACUCGUGGUCGUCGAUGGUGUCGACGAAUGCAUCGAGGUGACGUCUCAGAAGAGACUACUCCAGUUAAUCCAACAUGCCACUCCCACUCUUCCUCUCGACUUUCUCAUAUUUAGCCGACGGAACCACAUAUCUCUCACAUCUUCCGUCGCCAAUCCUCCAAUUUGUGUUCUUUCAGCUUGA